AUGUCUAUGUUCCUGAAUCCCUAUGCGUCGCAAGAGCUCAGCCAGGAGAAACUCGACAUCGCGAGCGUCCAGUUCGAGGCCAUGAACACCUCUUUCAACGCCAUGCUGCGCGCGUGCCUGGAAAAAUGCAUACCGCACGAGUACGGCGAGGCCGAACUCAACAAGGGCGAGUCCACAUGUAUUGACCGCUGCGUCGCCAAGGCCCACUUCACAAACCGCCUGGUUGGUGGGUUUGUCCAUGCGCGCGGCGUCGGUCCAGACCGCCUGCGACACUAUGAGCGUUUCCAGAGCGACCGUACCCAGUGA